GAGCGCGACAUGGCCAUCAGGAAGCGCUACGUGCUCAAGAAGGACAUCGAGAAGAAUGGCCAGACGCCUGGAUGCCCAGGCUGCAUCAGUUCGAUGGCCGGCGGUUCGGCGAGGGCUGUUCAGUCGCAGGAGUGCCGAGACCAGCCCAGCGCCGGCUCAGCUGAAGGCGGAGCGCGCCAGCGCAGGAUGACGCGGAGCCCAUGGGAGCGCGCAAACAAGUCGCGAGUGCGCCGCGAGGACGAGAGCGACCAGUUCAGCCACGAGCCGCUUCGACGCCAGGUUCAGGCGACAUGGGGGGCCUGGCAGGGCCAGCGGCGCCAGCUGGCAGCAACAUGGAUCUGGGCCCCUUCGACGCACGCGGUCAAGGACCAGAAGUACCAGGAGAUCCUGGCGCUGGUGGGCGCCACAGACUUGCUCGGCGACAACGGGAUGACGCACGACGAGCUGAAGGAGGCAGCGAAGACGCUGACCGAGAUGGACGGAGUUGACCUUGCGGAGAUCUACUCCCCCGAGCGGUUCAAGCAGAGGGCGCUCGGGCUUGGCCUGAAGGCCAGGCCCGCAGCAGAUAUCACCUCUGGGCGCGAUUUGCUUGACGAGAGGCAGCGCAGAGAGUGCAUGGAUCAGUUCGAUUGGCAAGACCCGUUACUUACGACGGCAUCGCCCCCUGGUUAUAUCUUCUGCUUGCUCCGCGCGCUGAGCAACAACAAGCGGGAUCCAGAGGUCGCGACGCAGGAGAUCCUAGAGGGCGAGACUCACCUGGAGUCCUCCAUGCAAGUAUGCGAACGAAGGUAUCGACGAGGUGCUCUCUUUCUUCACGAACACCCGUGGACGGCAGCACCAUGGGAUCGACCCUGCGUGCAGCGCGUUUGUGCUCUACCUGGGGUUUACGCGAUGCGGGGUCCCAUGUGCCCAUGGGGCCCGCAGCCCCAUCGACCCGAUGGGCGCGUGGCGUUUGUCCGCAAGGAGAUCGGUUGGAUGGCGAAGUCGAGGAUCUUGGCCGAGAUCCUGGAGGGCGAGUGCCAAUGUCCUUGGGAAGGUGGAGAGCCGCGCCGGCAUCCACGCUUGAUUGGAGACAAACGAGCGCGGGCAGCACAGAAGCACCCCAAGCAGCUGGCGAAGGCGAUCCUCAAGGAACUUCGCGAAGAGCUUCGGCCACGAGAGACGCUGAGCGGGCUGGCUGGAUUCACUGUCAGACCUUCGCCGCGCGAGGAGGGCAUCGACCGGGAGGCGGAAGCACGCGCGGACGACGUGCGCGAUAGCUUUCUGGACCCGCAGCGCGCGAGAGAGGCGAGGCGCGAAGAGUUAGAGUGGCGCGGGAAUCGAGACGUCUGGGCCAAAGUACCCAGGCGCGAAAUGGAGUUGGAAGGAGGUCGACCGAUCGACGCGCGGUGGAUAGACACGAACAAUGGAGACCAGGACCUUUUCUCGCGCGCGACGCCGCUGGAGGCGCUCAAGCCACCGGUUAGCUUGUUCGCGAGCAGGACGCACGAGCAGCAUCGCAGCGCAUCGCCGAGAGAGGUCGGGCACACGUUCUACGACGUGAGCCAGGCGUACUUCUAUGGCACGGCGCCCCGUCGGAGUUGGGUGGAGCUUCCGCCCGAAGAGCGAGAAGGUGAAGUUGAACCGAUGGCUGGGCUUCUCAAUAGAACCAUGCACGGCACAGUGGACGCGAGCCAGGUUUGGCAGGGCGACUACAUGGAGCUGCUGAAGGACAAGGAGUUCGAGCAAGGCUGGUCGAGCCCGGCGAUCCUGCGGCAUCCAGAGCACGAUGUGGCUCUGGAAGGCCACGGAGAUGAUUUCGGAGUGUUGAUUUUUGCCGGCGACGAGGAAUGGUUCGACGAACUGUUGACCAAGUACGACUACAAGGUGACUGGUCAGACCAAUGUGGCCCUGCCUAGUGGAGACAGCGAGCACUGCGCCAUGCUGAAGGGCGCGACGCAUGCGCUUGGCCUGCAGUCCAUGCUAUGCGAUUUCAGCGUCAUGCAUUUGUUUCCGAUCAUGCUGACCUUGGCGCUGGUAGAAUUGCACAGUGACAGCGCGGCCGCCGAGGGCAUUGCAAAUCGCCAAGGAUUGGGCAUGGUCAGGCAUUUGGACACGAGAUUCUUUUGGCUCCAGGACCAGGUGAAAGCCAACAGGCUUGUUAUCAAGCACAUCCCGGGCAAUGUGAUACCGGCAGAUAUAUUCACCAAGCUACCGGACCAGACACAGAUAAUACGGCACCACGCGAAGAUGGGCUUUGCCAUCGUCGAAGCCGGGAGCAGAUUGCAUCGAGUUUUGGAGGCGAUCGAAGAUCUCCCAGCCGGGCGAG